AUGUCCAUCCGGUCCGCGCCGUCCAGCUGGGCGACGCCGUCGCGUACGAGCCGGCCUCGACGCGCUCGCGGCUGCCGCGGCGGCCUCGGAGGCGCGCUCGGCGAGCGGCCGCGCUCGGCGGUGCUCCUGCUGCUGCUGACGUCGGCGAGCGGCGCUCCAGUGAGCGGGUCCGACAGCGCGGCUCGCCAGGAGGCCAUCGACAGCCUCGUGGCUCGCUCGUCGCUCGUCGAGCUGCAGAUCUCUGGCUCGCGCACCGGCCUCGUCUAUCGCGUCGGCGUGGAAGGCUGCUUGCCGCUGCGGCAGAGCGGCCCGCCGCGCACCCUCUACCUCGUCGCGUGGUCUCUCGGCCAUACUAUCCUGCCGCCCCGCAUCCAGCUCCACCCUCCGAUCGGCAGGGAGCAAUUCACUGGGGCUGCUCCGCUGAUGGCGCUCGCGGCCGACGCGGGCGCGUGGCGGGACGGCAUAUCUGCGACGCAGAAGGAGGGUAAGGUGAACGCGCGCUCGGAUCAUCUGCUCGACGAGGCGGCGUGGCGCACGUUCCCCCACGCCGCCAAGCUGCUCGCGCGGUGGGUUGACGGAGCGCUCGAGCCGCUGCCCGCCGGCGUGCAGCUGCUCCGCGCCGAGGGCUACCCGCGCGGCAACCUGAUCGACGGUCCCCCCGUGGAGUACAAGGACCUCGUGCUGCUGCUCGACGACGUCGGCAGCGGGUGCGUGCUCAAAGCUCUGCCAUCGCACCUCUCUCUGGACGGCGACCACGACGCUCACCUCUCGUUGCCCUGCCCCGCGCAGCUCUUGCGCCACCUGCAAGGGGCGGGGAUUUCGCAGAGCCAGCACCGCGCUCAGCUGCGCCUCGCGCACAUCUCGCGCGAGGUCAGGUGGCGCCUGGCACCGCCGGCCGUGCGGCGCGCCGCCGCCGUAGCUCGGCAGCGCAAGAAGCGUUUUGCCAGUGGAAGCGAGCCCUUCUCGCGCGCCGGAGGCGGGAUUAAUCGCCGAGAGGAGUUCGAGUGCGUGGCGCGCCGGAACCAGGCGUGCGCGGCGGGCGGCGCGCUGCUCGCCUUCACGUGGCUCGCGGCGCCGCCGCACUCGCCACAGUCGCAGAUCGGGAGCUGCGUCGAGGUGGCGCCGGCAUGCGAGGGCGGGCUCGCGCAGCUCGCCGAUCCGCAGAGGCGGGCGGCGCAGGACCGUACGCUUUUGCGGCGGCUAGAGCAGCAGACGGACGACGGCAUGGCGGCGGUGGACGAGACCGAGAUCCUCUCCGAGACCCUCGACGUCGGCGACGGCGGCAAGGAGGAGGAGGAGGAGGAGGAGGCAUCGCAAGAGGAGAGCCCCGGGCGCGUGGCGCGCGCCUCGGGCGAGGAGGAGGGCGCGGAUAGGGCCGCCUCGUUCGAGGAUGGAGAGGAGGACGGCGAGGAUGAAUGUGACCAGUCCGCCGGGGAGGCGGCUGGGCUGCUGAUACUCGGGUCGGGAGAGUGCGAGGACGACCAGGGUAGCGAGCCUCCUUCGGGAGGGGACGCUGACGUGGAGGCAGACGCCGCAUUUGCGCACGCCAGCGAAGAGUCCGCCGAGCUUUAA